AUGCGCGUCACUGCCACGUGGCACUGCGAUCGUACCUCCGCGUUCUGUCGUUUCCUUCAUUCCGCCCACUUGUCCCUGUCCGCGCUGCCUCCCUCUCCCCCCGCCCGCGCCAGCAGCGCAUUGGCGGCGGGCGACGAGCGCAGCGCGUGCGCGGUGGAGCUGCUGCGGUUCCUGGAGGAGGUGAGCGCGGAGGGGUGUGACUGUAAGCAGGGCGGAGACGUGUUCGACUUCCCCUUCUCCGCCCGCCUGCCCUCGCCCCUCCUGCUGCCGCUCUCCCCCGCCUCCUCCCCUUCCCCCUCCCCCCCACCUUCUGCGCCUGCCAGAGUCGACCUUCCGCCCUGCCCCAGCCCUGCCGCGGAGCAUGCGAGGGAGGACGGUGGGGAGGAUGAGAGACAGCAUGGUGGGGACGACAGAGUGACACAAGACGAGAGGGUGGUGGCAGAGGGAGGGGCGGUGGGGGAGCAACAGGGGAGGGAGGAUGGGAAUGGACGAGGAGGAGGCGAGGGGGAGGGGGAUGAGGAGGAGGAGAUGGAGGAGGAAGGGGGGAGGUGGCGUGCAUGUGAGAUGGAUGGUGAUAUGGGUGGGGGGGAGCAGAUCAGCAUAGGAGCUUUGAGUCAUGGUGUGAACGCGGAUGCUGAAGCUGUAGCUGAAGCUGUUGUUGAUGAUGACGAUGACGGCACAGCUGACGUCGUGUGUAUGGAUACUGACGAUGAUACCUGCACCGCUGCAGACCCCCCUCAACCCCCCCGCACCGCCACAAAUGCAAUCCCUCCCAGCGCGGGCGUGGGUGAGGAGGAGGGGGCGGGCGAGUGUGUGGUGGUGACACUGCAGGUCACCCUCCCUGCCAGCCCCCCUGGUGGUUCCGCGCAGGGGGAGCUGGGGGAGGGGGAGCGGGGGGAGGGGGGCGGAGGAGGGGCGGGCGGAAGCAGGGGUGGCAGGGAGGGGGCGCAGGAGGAGAGAGGGCAAGGGGAGGGAGGGGUGGAUGGGUGGCGGUCGGGCAUUGGGGGGAUGGAGCGAGGGAGGAAGAGGGGGAGGGAGGAGGGGGGGGGGGAAGGCGAGAGCAGUCGCACGUAUGAGGCAGGCCGUGCACACUCACAAGCACACGCGCUGCCUGCUGGGGAGGCGGGUGGCACAUCAGAAAUCCACAGGGAGAUGGGAGCUGGCACUGGUGGUGCCGGCAGUGGCAAUGGUGGGGGCAGCGGCGGUGGUAGCGGGAGUGGUAGUGGUGGUGGGAGCGGCAGGGGUAGGGCAGGAGGGGGAGGCGGGCAGGGUAGCAGCGAAGGGGGGGGGAGGGCAAGCAGCUUGAGCGGGCAUGAGUGGCAGUUAGGGCAACAGCUGCAUCGCCAUGCACCUACAGCAUCCACAGACCCUCUCGGGCUGCUGCUCACUCAGCAGCGUGCCCCCCCGCCCAUCCCCCAUGCGCCCCUGUCCCACGUCCCGGUGCCCAUCCCCAUGCCCGACCCCUCCUCUGUGCCCAUUCCCACUGUCUCCUCCUCUUCCGCCCUCGCUGCUUCGCCCUCCGCCCUCGCCCCCUCGCUUCCCUCCCUGCCCUCGCUCUCCUCUCUCCUGCCUGAUGCUCUGGAGGGAGCGCGGUCAGACGUGUGGGGGGAAGGGGGCGGGGUUGGGGGGAGUGGCGGGGGAAGGGGAGGAGAGGGCGAGGGGGGGCGUGGGGGAGCGGGAGUGACUGGGCGGGCAGCAGUAGGGCGGACAGGGUGGAGUGGGUGGGGCGGCGGGGGAGGAGGAGCGGACGGGGGUGCGGGGGCGGCAGCGGGGGGCGUGGGUAGAGGGGGAGAGGUGGGGGAGUGGGUGGCGAGGCACGUGUGGGAGGGGAGGCGGGCAGAGGAGGAGGAGGGGCGGAGGCGAGGCGAGCUGGCAGCAGCGGCAGCACGGGCGCAUGAGGAGUGCGUGCUGGAGGAGGCUGAUGGCAUCUGGGCAGCGAGGGCGCAUGAGGAGUGUGUGCUGGAGGAGGCUGACGGCAUCUGGGUACAGGCCGUGUGGGAUAUUGAGAGUGGAGAGGGCGGUGGGGCAGUGGCACAUUCUCACCCACUCUCCACCACUCUUCCCCCCCUCUUGCUCCCCUCUCCUCAGGCCAACCGUCGCCUGCUCGCUGCAGCUUCCCCUUCCGCCACCACCUCUGCUGCUCCUGCUGGCGGCACUGGCAGCACAGAGGCAGGCACAGGGGCCGCAUGGAGGGAGACGGGGGCGGGUGAGGAGGGCAGGGCGGAGGGAGGGGAUGCAUGGAGGGUGCGGGCGGGGGGCAGCAGUCACUGGGACUACGUGUUGCAGGAGAUGGCAUGGCUCGCCCUUGACUUCCAACAGGUGCUGCUGCCCUGCACCCUCACUCCCUCGCCCGCCCCACCUGAGCGGCUGUGGAAGAGAGCAGCGGCGAGCCACCUAGCCACUUGCGAGGGGAAAGCAGGCGAUGGUGGCGGGGAGAGGAAGCGGAAGCAAGUGGAGGGGGCGCAUGGGGACGUGGAGGGGAAGGGCGGGGGGAGAAAAGCGAGGGUGCAAGUGGAGGUGGCAGGGGAAGAGGCUGACAGAGGGGCAGCGGAAAAAGGGGCAGAGGGGGCCGAGGUGGAGGGAAAUGGGGGCAUGGAGGGAGGGGCAGAGGGUGGAGGGGGCGCAGCAGAGAGAGGGCUGAGUGCACCGGUGACGCCGGAGAGGGAGGAGGGCCGAGGGGCGGACAUGAGCUGCAGUGACUGGUGGUCGUGGGUGGACGAGGUGAGAGGCGCGGUGAAAGAGGGGGGGAGUGAGGAGUGGGAGGUGAGGGGCGAGCAGGCGCCACUCACCUUCCCCAUGUCGCAGCCUGCUGUCACAGCUCUCGCGCUCUGCCUCAUGCCGCCCCUCCACUCCGCCCCUGACCACAUGACACUCCCCCCCGCCUCUUCCCCCGAACCCUUCCCCCUCCUCCUUCCAGACUUUCUCCUCUCCCCCUCCCCCUCUCACCCCCUCCCCUCACUCCACCCGUCCCCCUCCCCCCACAUCUUGUCCCAACCCCAUGCCUCUAUCCCCAUCCACGCUCCCUCCGCCUCGUCCCUCCCUGCUGCCAUCGCCCCCUCUGCUGCCGGGCCUGCUUCCAUUUUGGAUGGCCCAGUGGGGAAAGGCGGGGGGGCAGGGGUAGCUGUGAAGGAAGAAGGGUAUUUUGGUGGGGGGACGGAGAAAUGGGGAGAGGACAAGGGGAGGAAGGACAGGGGGAGGGCAGGCGGGCAAGAGGUGGUGGGGGGAGUGAGCGGCACAAGGGAGGGGGAGGAGGGGGUGCUCGAGAAAGCGGUGGCAGUGGGGGUGCAGGGGCAGAAGCAGCAGCAGGGGAGUGUGAGUGCGGCGGGGCACAAGGGGCAGCAGGGAGUGGCGAGGCAGCAGGGGAAGAAGCAGGUACUGGUGAGGCAGCGACCCCUCACACAGCUGCAGCAGCGCAAAGAGGGCGAAGCAGGGGGAGAGGGCUUGCGUGGGGAGAGAGAGGGGGCGGCGGAGGGGUGGGUGGAGGUGAGGAGGAGCGAUGGGGAGUUUGGUGAGGCGAGUGCCAGGCGAAUGGCGGGGCAGCAGCAGGCAGGGCAGGCGGCAGUGGGUGCAGGGCAGCAUGGGUCAAUGGCAGGAGACGGGGAGGGUGGGGAGAGGGGCGGGGUGAGUGUUGCAAGGGCGGGGGGUGAAGGGGCGGGUGCAGGGAUGCAGGGAGAUGGGGGUUUGCCGGUGCGGAUGCAGGCAGAGGGGGCGCAGGAGGGGUUAAAGGCGCAGCAGGGGCAGGACAGUGGUGCAGGGGGGGCAGGUGAGGCGACACAGCAAGUAGGGAGCACAGGUGCGGGAAAAGGGGGGUUGGGCAGAGGGCAAGGUAUGAAAGGUGUGGGGUCGAAGGGAGGGGGCGAGGGACGAGGACGGGGUGCAGGGGCAGGAAGGGGGCUGGGUGGGGCGAGGGUGGGUGGCAUGGGGAGGGGGGCCAAGGGGAAGCAGCAGGGGGAGGGGCGCGGGCAGAAGGGGAAGGCAUUGGGAGUGGGGGAGAGAGGAGGCGCUGGUGCGGAAGGGGAAGGGGCGUUGCAGCAGGGCGCAUGGGGUGGGAAGCAAGGGCAGGGCGUGGCUGCAAGGGAGGUUGCAGCAGCAGCAGGAGCAGCAACGGGAGUGGGAGGGAAGGCGGGCAGCAAGGAUGGUGGCAUGCUGGCUGCGCCUCUCUGUGCACGCACCACCAUGGGCAGCAGCAGCAGCAGCCAGCCCGCUGACCGCUCUGCCCAGGACGGGGAGCAGAGGGGGGUGGCAGUUGCGACCAGUGCUGAUGCGGGAGCAAGCAGUGUGGGUGGUGGUGGGGGUGGUGGCGGUGGUGGUGGUGCAGACAGUCAACGCCAGCGCCCAUCGGCUCACCGCAAGCCCAAGAACCCUGCUGCUUCCCCAAAGGUCACAUUUGCGCCCUCUGCCAGCCCCGCCCUCCCACCUCGCCCGCCUGCUUCUGCUUCCUCCGACGCUGCUGCUGCUGCUGCUGCUGAUGGCGCAGCACUGGCCACCGGUGAAACGGCAGCCGGCAAGCAGCAUGUCUCUCAGCCUGCUGCGGUAACACCCUCACUGCUCCCGCACACCCACUCCCCCCACCAUCUGCCCUCACCGCCACACGCGCAUGCCCUGCCGCCCGCCACCACACCCUCGCAAGUGGAGGCAGCAGGUGCUCUCCCUCUGCCUCCUGCCCACGGGGACGUGCUGGGCGGGUCCCCAGGCAGCUCUGACCUUGCUGCUGCAUGCGCGCCUGGCAGCGUCUCGGCUGACGAUGCUGAUGAUGCGGAUGGUGCCGAUGACGCCCUGCCAUGGUCUCCCAUGGAGGAGCAGGUGCGUGCAUGCCAUGGCCAUGUUGUCACAUGCAUCGUGCUACUGGCAGUGGUGAGCGACCUGGGUACCAACUGGCGCCUGGUCACCGAUGUGCUGCUCUCCAUCACGCACCUCACUGUGAGAUGUGCUGCUCUCCAUCACGCACCUCACUGUGAGCCCGCCCUCUCCAUCACGCACCUCACUGUGAGCCGCCCUCUCCAUCACGCACCUCACUGUGAGCCCGCCCUCUCCAUCACGCACCUCACUGUGAGCCCGCCCUCUCCAUCACGCACCUCACUGUGA